AUGACUACAAUGGAUCUUCGCGUCGGUAAUAAGUACCGCAUCGGUCGAAAAAUUGGCUCGGGCUCAUUCGGUGAUAUUUAUCUGGGUACCAACAUCAUCUCCGGCGAAGAGAUUGCCAUUAAGCUCGAGUCGGUUAAGGCGAAACACCCUCAACUUGAGUAUGAGGCCCGAGUCUACAAGUCACUAGCCGGCGGUGUCGGUAUCCCUUUCGUCCGGUGGUUUGGAACCGAAUGUGACUACAAUGCCAUGGUGCUGGACCUUCUCGGUCCCAGUUUGGAGGAUCUUUUCAACUUCUGCAACCGGAAAUUCUCCUUGAAGACGGUACUCCUCCUAGCCGAUCAACUCAUCUCACGUAUCGAGUACAUCCAUGCCAAGUCCUUCAUCCACCGUGAUAUCAAGCCUGACAACUUCUUGAUGGGCAUUGGAAAGCGAGGCAACCAGGUGAACGUCAUUGAUUUCGGCUUGGCCAAGAAAUACCGUGACCCCAAGACUCACUUCCAUAUUCCUUACCGUGAGAACAAGAACCUGACUGGCACUGCUCGAUAUGCCUCGAUCAAUACCCAUCUUGGUGUCGAACAAUCCCGACGUGACGAUAUGGAGUCUUUGGGAUACGUGAUGCUAUACUUCUGUCGGGGUUCGCUUCCUUGGCAGGGCCUAAAGGCUGCUACCAAGAAGCAGAAAUAUGACCGCAUCAUGGAGAAGAAGAUGACCACCCCAACCGAGGUCCUCUGCCGUGGCUUUCCCAACGAGUUCGCCAUCUACCUCAACUACACUCGCUCGCUUCGAUUCGAUGAUAAGCCUGACUACAGCUAUCUUCGAAAGAUCUUCCGCGAUCUGUUUGUUCGUGAGGGAUUCCAAUAUGAUUACGUCUUUGACUGGACUGUCUACAAGUACCAGAAGAAUGCUCAGGCUAUUGCCCAAGCUGCUGGCCAAGAGGAUGACGACAAAGCCCGUCGAACGACUGCGGCAACUGCUGGCCAGACCCCCCAAUCUGGUGUCAAGCCUAACGCGAUUCCCAGCACUCGUCGUAAGGUAAUCGAGCGCGGCCUUCCCAACAUUGACACUCCAGAGACCAGCCGUGCCGUCGGGGGAAGCGACAGGAUGCUGCGAUCAGCUUCUAAAGGUCAAGGUGCUGGCUCCGGUUACGCAUCUGGCUCCUAUCGACCGAAAUGAUCUAUUGGCGUUUAACGUUAGUACCCUCCGUUACGUUGUGGCGGGCGUAAACGAAUGUCGGCCCGCACAACGAAAAUAUCGGAAUCGUGGCAGCCCUUUCUCUCCCCCCUUUGCAUUGGUUUAAAAACAUCCCACGGUGGAUCUAGCCAAUUACAAAUGGAUUGAGGACCACGUAUAAUCCCUUUCAUAUCUUAUGGAUUGCUAUUGUUUCCGUUCUUCGAUGACUCUCGGUUUACGACUCAAUUCCCUGGCUCGGACAACCUGGCUACUCAGAAGACGUAGAUUUGUGUUUUCGGACACAUUCGACGCUCUUGUUGAGUAGCCUUGGUUUGUUUGAACGGCACUUCCGGCACUCUGAAUAACUC